AUGUGGCUCCCCGCGAGCCCCGGGGGCCUCCUGAGUUAUUUGGUGACUCUCCACAUCCUGCGGCUGGGAUCAGGUUACUUCAGUGUGCUGGGACCAGACCGCCCUCUCCAGGUCACCAUGGGGCAGGAUGUCGUGCUGCCAUGUCACUUGUCCCCCAGCAUGGACGCUCGAAGCUUGGACAUCAGGUGGAUCCGGCAUCACAUCUCUGAAACAGUGCACCACUACCGAAACGGAGAGGACCUGUACAGUGAACAGCUGAGGGAAUAUGAUGGGAGGACAGAGUUGGUCAGAGAUGGUCUCUCCCGUGGACGCCUGGACUUGCGAAUCUCUGGGUUGAGACCCUCUGAUGAUGGUCAGUACGUCUGCACGGUGACAGAUGGUGCCUCUUAUGGAGAAGCUACGGUGGAUCUGGAGGUGGCAGCCACAGGCUCUUGCCCUCAGCUCUCCCUCGAGGCUUACGAGGACGGAGGCAUCCGGGUGGUGUGUUGCUCGGCCGGCUGGUACCCACGACCGGAGGUGCUGUGGAAAGAUCCCGAUGGGCAGUGUCUCCCCUCGGCCUCCCAGAGACAUUUCUCGGAUGAGAGGGGCCUGUUUGACAUUGAAGGCGUCAUCGUUGUGUCCAAUGGGAACAAUGGGAACUGGUCCUGCGUGGUCAGGAACAGCCGCCUCAACCAGCAGCAGGAGACGUCCCUGCACAUCUCAGCUCCCUUUUUCCACAAUGCCCGUCCCUGGAUGGUUGGUGUGGGGGUGCUCCUUGUGCUUUCAGUGGUGUUCCUUGGCCUCGCUGCUUAUCAGUGGAGAAGGAAAGAGACAACAGUUGCAGGACUGACAGACGUGGUGACCCUCGAUCCAAACUCGGCUCAUUCCCAACUUGUCCUCUCAGCAGAUGGGAGAAGUCUCCAGAUGCAGAUGUGGCUCUUCCUGAGUUAUUUGGUGACUCUCCACGUCCUGCGGCUGGGAACAGCUAACUUCAGUGUGGUGGGACCAGACUGCCCUUUCCGUGUCACCGUGGGUCAGGACAUCAUGCUGCCAUGUCGCUUGUCCCCCAGCAUGGAUGCUCAGAGCUUGGACAUCAGGUGGAUCCGGCCCCGGUUCUCCAAAACAGUGCACCACUACCAAAACGGAGAGGACCUGUACAGUGAACAGCUGAGGGAAUAUGUUGGGAGGACAGAGUUGGUCAGAGAUGGUCUCUCCCGUGGACGCCUGGACUUGCGAAUCUCUGCGUUGAGACCCUCUGAUGAUGGUCAGUACGUCUGCACGGUGACAGAUGGUGCCUCUUAUGGAGAAGCUACGGUGGAUCUGGAGGUGGCAGGAGACCUGGCACGUUGUCUGGAAGCAUUGUGGCUUCUUGAACAAAGACGGGUCAGUGCUGAUGCUGCCUUGAGGCUCUGA